GCAUGUUUUAGCCUCAUGCAGGCGUCCCUCAGAGACCCCAGAGCAGUGGACAGUAAUGUGAAAACGAUACUCAUGUCGUGUCUGAAAGGGCAACAGGUCAUCAUUAAAAUGGAGGCGAUGAAAAUCAUCCACCCGGAGAAGUUCUCGGAGCUGCAGGCAUCGCAGCCGCGCUACGCGCCCGCCCCGCGCCGCGAGCCGCCCCUCGUGGCCAAGCGCGCGUGGCCCUCCGAGUCCGAGAUCAUCGUCAACCAGGCGUGCGGGGACAUCCCUGCCUUGGAUGCCACCCCCGGGCCCCUGCCGCUGCCCCGGACUCCCCCCCUGCCGCGGCGCGAGCGCGGCUACCAGGGCCAGCGUAAGGGCAGCUCCGAGGUCUGCUACCACCGGCAGCCGCCAUCGGAUGAGGUGAUCGUCAACCAGUACGUGCUGCACCCCUCGACGCCCUGCGAGCCCCUGGAGUGCCCCACCUGCGGCCACAUGUACAACUUCACCAACAAGCGGCCCCGCAUCCUCUCCUGCCUGCACUCGGUGUGCGAGGAGUGCCUGCAGAUCCUCUACGAGUCCUGCCCCAAGUACAAGUUCAUCUCCUGCCCCACCUGCAAGCGGGAAACCGUCCUCUUCACUGACUACGGGCUGGCGGCGCUGGCCGUCAACACCAGUAUCCUGAACAGACUGCCGGCCGAGGCCCUGGCUGCCAACCCCGUCCAGUGGAGCAGCGACACCGACCGCAGCUGCUACCAGACCUUCCGCCAGUACUGCGGGGCCGCCUGCACCUGCCACAUCCGGAACCCGCUGUCCUCCUGCACCAUCAUGUGA